UACUUAAAUUCUCGCAUAUACGCAGGGAGGUUAUGUUCAUCAAUCUCCAUAUUCUCCAUUAUCAUCUCCCCGUUCCGCGCAAACACUGUGUUUGUCGCUAACCGCAAAUCAUAACGACUUCUUUUGUUUAGAUUUUUAUACGAAUUUAUAAGUAAAUAAAAUUAUAAUGGAACCUGUUGAAGAAAGUGUAGCAGAACCCGUCGAAAAAAUUCUAGAAGAAGCCACCAACAAAAUUACAGAAGAUCCGGUCGAAGAAAUUUCGGAAGAAUCCAUCAAAGAAGUUUCGAAAGAACGUGUCAAAAAGGAAAAGCCGAUCGACGAUGUGACAAUACAGUUCAUUCGCAAUGAAUUACGAAGAGUACAUUUUCACAGGAGAAAGACGUAUCGGGAUAGAAGCGUUAACGAAUUUCGUACAGCCCUCGGAAAACAACUCUGUGACGUUGAGUACACAACAGAAUUUGUCAAAACUGAAGCGAUACAACUUAGAAAAAAAACUCUCGAUGCUCAAGCUUAUAGUGCACUUCAAAUGGCUUUAAUACAAAGUGAAAACCAUAUCAAUGCAUUUUUCAAAGUUGCCAAUGCAGUUCUAGCAUUAGGUAGAGAUCUUUCAGGUAGCUCGACACAGGCAAAGUUGGCAGCUGCAAAUUGCUGUUGUAAUUUAUCUUUGGGAAAUUCAAAAGCAUGCGCUGCACUCACUGAAUUUGUUGGUCCAUAUCUCAUAGCUGAAUUAGAAAGUGCAAAUGAGCCUUUAGUUGAAGUAUGUGCCUGGACAAUUGGAAAUUUGGCUUGCAGAAGUUCAAAAGCAUUUAAAAUUUUACAUGCUCAAGCUUGCAUAAAAUCAUUAAUUGUAGUUGCAGAAAAAAGCUCUGAUGAGCUUCUCCCAGCAUUAAGUUAUGCAUUAUUGCGAUAUAUUUAUACAGGAUACCAUAUGAUAGAACAAACAGACAUCAUACAAGUUGGGGAAAUACUGGCUGCAAAAUACCCAAAAAUCUCUGACCAUGAUACAUUGUGGUUGCUGGCAUUACUAUCAUCUAAAGAUAUAAAAAAAUAUGAUUUUUUGAUAAAGUGUACUCCUGCCCUUUGCGAUUUCCUAAUUACAAAUUCCGAAGAUGAAAUUGAAAAUAUUGACAAGUUUACAGCUUCCCUAAGGAUUUUAACUAAUCUUGUAACAGAACCAACUGGAGAAGUGGCAAGUCAUUUAUUUCAAAAUGAGUUCUAUGUAAACAGUAAUUUUUUCGAAGACUUAUUAGCUAAUGAAUAUCCUCAUAUUAAAACUGAAACAUUAUGGCUUAUAGGUAAUUUGUACAAUCACCCCGUGGAGUCUAUUAGGGAACAAAUAAAAAAUAUUGUUGACUUUUUGCAAAUCAAUAUUGCGAACGUCAUGAAAUCUUACAAAGCAUUAACUAGUAAAAAUCCUAAAAUAUCAGGAACAAACUGCUUAGAAUCCUCAGAAGAAGAAGAAGAAGAAGAUAUACUUUCUAUGCAGGGUGGUUGUGCAAUGUUAAAGUAUAUGUUACCAAUGAUGGUUGCCGAUACAUGAUUAAUACUCUUCAAACAUUCAUAGAAAGUAUCGUCACAAGUGCAAUGAGAUCUGCAAAAAUUAUAGUCAGUGGUGAGUUUUACAAAACUCUAAUGAGUGAAUGUUUUAUAGUCGUUUGGCACACUUACUUGCUGAAGAAUGAGUUGUUAACAAGGUUGUAUCGUCUUUUGUACGCCCGAAUUUUCACCGGACACAGAUCAUGAGUCCGACAGCAUCUGAAAAAUUUCGCGGCAAAUAGCCAUUGAAUUUUAAUAAAUAAUCUUGUCACGCCGUUAAAUUAUAAAGUAAACAUUAAUUAUUCAAUAUUUAAACUUCAAUACAUGAAUUGCAUUUAGAUGCCGUAUAAUUAAAUACAUAAGAUUGACGUCAACUAUAUUAACCUACUAAGGAUAUAGUAAAGUUCUACGGUUAUUAUGGUAAUCGAUAAGUGCUUGCCUUCCGACAAAUAGUUAGUCUAUAAAAGAUUUCCGAUAUUAUUGAUAAUCGAUUCAGAUGCGACAACAGUAUUAUAAAUAAGAUAUAAAUAUUGAUUUUUUUUUAACUAUAUGCAUAUGCUAUCGUUAAUUUAUUCAACGGUCAGUGGAAAGAUCUUUUGUAAAUAAAACUAAGUUUAAUUGAAAUAUAAAGUUGAAUGAUA